AUGAACGGUGGUGAAAAUGAACUCCUUGAUCGCCUUGCUGUGUCAGAGCUUUGUAAAGGGUGGGCGAUCUUUUACGACUCGUCGGAAUGGGAAAAGUAUCGGUCGCUCUUUACUGACGAUGCAUACGUCUGGACCACGGAGAAUGGGCCACUGGCAAUUGACAAUUUCAUUGCCAUGUCCAAAUUGGGCAAAGAAAACGGCACCAUUGUCAUGCACCGCGAAUGCGGCACUAUUGUCGAGCUGAACGGUGAAGCACAUCGCGCAGUCGGCAAGAUGAAAGCCACAAUAUCACAGCGCUUCAACUCUGAAGGUAUCGCUUUCGACAUUGACUGCGACUGUCGUUUCAUUUUUUUCUGUGCUCGAGAUCGACAAACGUGGGAUUGGAAGGUGAAAUUUGUCAAACUCUUUUAUGAGAAGGACAAGAUUAUCCCCGUCAACGGACAGAGUGUGCCCGCAUUUACCACCGAGGAAGAGCUCGAGAUGGCUGGCUUUCCCAACGGCUAUCGAUAUCUCGGUAUCAUGCAAAAGCGACUAGGAUAUGAUACCAGUCUGUAUCUUCCAACCUGCAACAAUGAAGUCUGGGAUAGGAUUUACGAGGCAAUGGGAGACUGGCUAGCUGCUGAUGAGAAUGAACUCUUUUCUAUUGAGGAUGAUAAUGAGGAUAAUAACGAGUAA